CAGGAAAUUUAUAUCCUCUUUGUUUCUCACUUGCACAGACAGGACCUAGCAGAUGGGUAGAGAGGUAGAGAAGUGUAAUUCGGGAAGGGUUUCUCUUUGAGAAUGGCAGGGCUCUUGCAGUUGUUCUCGGGUUGAGUGCCAUGAUGUGUUCUUUUCUGUGUUUGGUGCGGGAGACGUCCUAAACCGCGGUUCUUCCCCGGUUCUACACAAAAUCUACUGCGUGCGGGUUGAAAUCGGUGGACAGGAGGAGACAGCAGAGGUAGGCGCAGUACAGGUGAGUAAUGGGUGAUGGGAGAUGGAACUGUUGGAUGUGUAGACCUGGCUUGGCGACUGCCUUGGUUUGUCAUCUUUUGUGGUGUGGUGUUCUGUCCUGGGUUGAGCCCUUCUUUUGGGUGUGUCCAGCGGUUGUGUUUUACUGCCUGGAGCCGCAAUCUUAGGGUGUUUGAUGAAACGCAUAAAAGCACGUAACAAGAUACUAUCAAUACAAUAUCUUGGCACAUGGGACCUGCCAGGCUGCCCUUUCGCGAUGUUUCAUGAACUGCAGUGCUACCCAUAGUUGGUUUGCUGAAUCCAUUAUCCCUUUUGCUACCAUCUGUGCGCUUCCUGAGAAGAGGUUCCGCCCCAGCUCCUGGUGGUAUCUGCAAGACAUCGCAAGACCCGAAGGUGUGGAAUGAACCAUUGAAACCUAUCACUUGGAGAGCCCUCCCCGCGAGACCUCACGGCGUGAAUUUCCGGUCUGAGACUUAGUCGGCCAGGGUGAAGCCUUGGCGACGAAGACCCACCAAGAGUGCUUCAUCCAAGAGACCGCCAAGAAGUUCAUGCCAGUCUUGGAGGGUUGGUUGCUUUUGACCUCCCUCUCCAAGCGCCUCAUGUGGGAGGAGCUCGGCAGCGUCUUGGCCACGUUCCAGCAUUACGUGAGCGAGAAGGUGGCGGACACCGUGAGGUCUUCCUUGAGUCCUAUGACCUUCGCAAGGACCUUGGGCAAACAUUUGCAAGAUGCGGUGGAGCAGGUGAAUUUUGCGCGUGCUCAGCUGAUUAAAGCGGAGUACGACGACUGGAAACAGCUGGGUCUGGAGAACUACAUCUAUCGUGUGGAUGAGAAGCAGAAGGCGGUGCUAUUGAAGUUGAAAGAUGACCUUUGCUAUGGUAUGGUCGACUUCAUGGAGAAGGUGCAAGCAGUGGAGACGGCCAACCCAGCUCUUCGAGAUCCCAUGUUCUUGUGGCACAUGUGGCAGGAGUCCUGGGGCGCGGUUCGAGUCUUCGUCAAGGUCACCACACAAUGCAGAAUCGAGAUCCCCAAGGGCGAGGAUCCCAACUCCUUCAUGACGCGCAUCCAUCAGAACAAGUGGAAGAAGUGCAAGGGAGCCUUUCAUUUCAAAGAGGACGAAUUCCCCUCGGCGGUGAUGUCUUGUGCACGCUCGGGUGAAGAAGAUCCGAGUCUUUUCGGGAAAGAUAGGAACCGUGUGGUCCGCUACUUCGGCUGCGGGAAGAACCGUGUGAACGUCGAGCCGCCGGUGGACAAGGGCGUCACCGAAAGCUGCAUGCAGACGGAUGACCCGGAGGUGAAGAGCUUCAUGUAUACGAUGUGCCCGCAAAAUGGCAUCAGCACCAAGAGCUGCCGAUUGUACGGCCCCUUCUGGGGUGUCUACAGCCAUCCGGCCUUCUCUUUGUAUGGUUACCACAGCCUGGAAGAGAAGAAGGAGUGUGAGCAGAAGAGGGAUGAUGGUGCACCACCUGCUGAACAAUGCCCUGAGCCACAAGCCGUGGCCUUCCGCGAGCAGGCCAACGUGGCGAUGGCGGACUACAUUUAUGGCACGCCACCGCCUUUGACCAUUUCCAGAAGCAGAGCAUGGCAGCAGGGCAACCGAAAGGUCACUGAGAGCAGCUGGAUCCCGGAGGAUAUGGCCUAUCCCUUGCCACAAGACCGGCAGCUGGAUCCACCUCUGUGGGAGAUGCUCAGGGAGGCCGAAGUGGGUGAAGGCCUUAUGAUGAUCAGCUACGGCUACUCCGGGGCUGGGAAGACCACCACCCUGAUCGGCGACGCGACCGCGCCGGUGGGCGGCGGCCGGGGUAUCGAUGGGGUCUUGUCGCUCUACUUGAAGGAGAAUGCGAGAAAGAUCGAUGACGUGCAGGUGCGCAUCUUCGAGGUCUAUGGCCGUGUGAACGCCUACAACGGGCGCAUGCAGAAGAAGACUGGCAGUGGGAUCUGGGGCUACAACCUCCGUGAGAAGACCUCCACUUACCUGGGCGAUUCAACGGCGUUUGAAGACGACGAGGGUGAAGGCAAUCUCGACCUCCCCAAGUUGGAAGCUGCUUUGAACAACGAUGAGUUCACAUUUAGCAUCAAGGCCCAGACGCCGCCCUCUCUGAGUGGAUCCAUCGCGUGGCAUGAGCAGGUGAAGGAAGUGCUUACAACCAUUGAGGACAUCCGCCUGGACGAGGAUCAGUUCAAGGCAGGUGGUGAGCCCAUCGCACACAUCCGCGGCACGGUGAACAACCCCAAGUCCUCCCGCGGAACGCUCUUCGUACUGACCAACGUCUAUUUCAAGUCAGGCGUCAUGGCGCCGAUCUCCACAGUGGACCUCGCAGGCUCCGAAGAUCCGGCAGUCAUGGUCUCCGGCUUCUUGCAGUUCAAGCUGAAUCCAGGCGUGCCGGAAUGUGAUCCUGAGUCUGGGAAGCAGCCAUCAGACCUGAUGAACAUGUACUUGGCCACACUCAGCUACUAUGACCAAAUGGCUGGACCUCUGGCAUAUUGCUUUGACCUCAAGGAUGUCUUGAUGGAGUGCGAUCGCGCCAAUCCCGCGCGAGGAUGUGUCGAUGUGGAGCUGGCGAGCGGAAUCAAAGAGAUGGUUCGCCCGGAUCUGCAAAAGCCUGGUCAGUGGCUCUUCAAGGACCCCAGGGGCGUGGACGUGCCGAAAGUCUUCGAGUACGUUGGAGAGAACUUCGAGAAGAAGAAGUUCAAGGCAAGAUUCAAGCAGGAGACCAUUCUCGCUGCUUUGGAAGAAGGCGACGUGCCGGGCAUCACCGAGCUCCGCGCAGAGUCCAAUCCCUUGGGUGCAGAGUACAACUGGGUCGAACGCCUUUGGGGCCGCAAAAUGGUCGGCAAGGGUGAGAAGCGGAAGCUCGUUGAGAGCGGCCCAGCAAUGAUGGACGAGAAGGUCUUUGGCAAAAAGCUUGCCACCAGAGAUUACACGGAGAACGGGAACGACAAGCCACGCCUCGGCUUGGUGGAAAUCCCCAAGAUGCUUCUGAGUACCAAGACUAAGACCUGGCACGAUGAGAAGUCCUCCAGGGGCUUGCAGGAAAAGACGACGAUCUGGAAAGAGCAGCGUGAGAAGUUCUUCCGAGCCGUCCAGGACUAUGUGGGACGCAACAAUGCUCAGGAAGCCAACAAGGAGUUCGAUCGCCACCUGCGCUACUUCGCUUCUGCCAUCGGGCCCAUUGUUGAGGAGGCGUUCUUCAUCAAUGAAGCUUUGAACGACAUGAAAGGCUAUUUGGGCAUUUGGGCCAAGACAAGUCAGCAGGCGCCGGCGGGAAGCAUCUUGAACAUUUGGCCUCCCAGUGAUUUCAGUGUCAAGGGCAAGAUCAACCAGGUGGUCGACUACUCGGAGAAUGGCCGCAUCCGGGAGCAGGGCUACAAGAUCUACGACUACAUCAAGCCAGCAGAUGCUCUCGCAAGCUAUGCUGAAGACCUGGCGCAUGGAAAGGAUGGCAUCAUGUUGGUCACCAUGUUGGAAUACAUCCGACGCAUUUCUGUACACAGGAAGCGCAACACCAAAGUCUUAGUGGGGACCUUUAUCCGCUCGGAUAUCCCGGGUGCCGACCUGGACUGCGACGGUGCCCGGGCCUCCCUGGAGUUCGCUCAGGACUUGAGCGACAUGGUGGGUUGGAGCCGAGGACUUCCCGGAGUUAUGUGGCAUCUCCACUGAGCGGGAACAGCCCGCUGAAGAAGGCCUGGUUUGGUGGUGAAGAACGCCAAGGACAAGGAAAAACACCCGCAGAGCAAGAGAAGGAACCUGAAG